CAUUAAAAAGUGAAAAGUUCACGUAAAAAAAUCAAGGAAAUUGAAUGGCAAGUGAUCGAACGAUAGAAUGUUUUUAAAUUUUAUCAAAUUUACGUGCAAUUUGCACUCACAAACUGUAUUAAAGACAAUCAAUUGUUAUUGGUAUCCGUUUUGGUUAAACUUCAAUCAAUUGGACAACUCAAACUCAUAAUUAAAAGUUUUAUACGAAAUCUAAAACAAACAUAAAUACCGAAUUUAAUACGAAAAAUGCCUUGGUGGGGCUGCGGUCAAUGUAAGGAGUCAAAUGAGGACAACAUCGUAUGUCUGGAUUAUAAUCAUAUGUCCUUAACAGAAGUACCCACCGAAAUAUUCACAUUCGAACGAACACUUGAAGAUUUAUACUUGGAAUCAAAUCGGAUCACAGACCUACCAAGGCAGUUAUUCCAUUGUCAUGGAUUAAAAACGUUAAAUAUUAGCGAUAAUGAAAUUACAAACAUACCACCGGCUAUAUCCGCUCUUGUCAAUUUACAAUGGCUUGAUUUAAGUAAAAAUUCCGUAACAACGUUGCCGGAUACAAUUCGAAAUUGUACAAAUUUAACAUAUUUAAAUGUAAGCUUAAAUCCCAUUGAAAAAUUAUGUGAUCCAUUAACGAGUGUGCUCUCAUUACAUGAGCUCCAUUUAAACGAUAUUUAUUUAGAAUUUUUACCAGCAAAUUUUGGACGUUUAACCAAUUUACGAAUACUCGAAUUACGUGAGAAUAACUUAAUUACGUUACCAAAAUCAAUGGCACGUCUUGUCAAUCUAACACGAUUAGAUAUUGGACAAAAUGAAUUCACCGAAUUGCCGGAGGUUGUAUGUAAUUUGCUAAACUUACAUGAACUAUGGAUUGACUCGAAUCGUAUUCGACGGUUACCAUCGAACGUUGGCCAAUUACGUAAAUUAAUACAUUUCGAUGCAAGUAAUAAUUGUUUACAAACGUUACCACGUCACAUUGGCUAUUGGACAAAAGUUGUGGAAUUUUGUGUGACAAACAAUGAUAUACACGAAGUACCAUCCACCGUUGGUAAUAUGAAAAAUUUAAAAGGUUUAAAAUUAGAUGAAAAUCGUAUACAAAUAUUACCUGACAGUAUUGGCAAAUUAAAUAAUUUAGAAGAGUUAAUGUUGGCCCACAACGAUAUUGUCAUGUUACCAGAAACGAUUGGCUUACUUCGAAAAUUACAAGUUUUAUCUGUUGAUAAAAAUUUAUUAUCUAAUUUACCAAUUGAAAUAGGCAGCUGUAUUUCAUUACGAAUAUUAAGUUUACGUAGCAAUCGAUUAAAAUAUAUUCCAGCAGAAUUGGGUCAUCUAUCAAAUUUACGUGUUUUAAAUUUAAUCAAUAACCAAUUACAAGAAUUACCAGUCUCAUUGUUAAAAUUAACUAAGUUGGCAGCGCUGUGGUUGUCUGACAAUCAGAGUCAACCAUUGAUACCACUACAACAGGAUUUUAAUCAUGAAACUUCACAUAUGUACCUCACAUGUUUUAUGUUACCUCAAUACAACACUGAUAACGCUCAAGAGAAUAACAAUCAAAAUUUAAAUGACAAUACUGGUUUAACACUUCCCAGCGGUCGACGUCAUAUAUGUUUUGCUCCAGAUGCAGGUCUGUUUGAUGAACCCCAACGUUUAUCACGUGCCCCCACACCAUAUCCGAAAGAUUUACGUGCCUUAGCACGACAUGUCCGUUUAAUGCAACGCGGCUUACACUUAGUACCAUCUGCACAACAGACCUGCCAAGAUAAGCUCGAUGAAACGGAAACGAACCAAAUGCAAGGGCCGUCUGACGUCAUUGAAAUCAAAGAGGCAAAAGUAACGUAUAAGAAUGAUCAAAAUUUACAACAAUCGUCUCAAGCACCAGUUCAACAACCGGUUGAACCGAUUUAUGUGAGUAAAACAGCGAACAACGAUACAAAAAUACGUGAAGCGAAAUUUGUUCGUACAUAUUCGGUAUCCGAUUCGAUACCGAAUCAACAAACUUAUAAAAAUGAAUCUCAAUCGACAACGAAUUCAGAUAUCUGUGAUAAUCAAGUGCCUUCAACUCAAAUACCCCCACCACCUCCUGCCCCUGUUCCCGCUCCCGCCCCUCAACAGCAAAAUUUACCCCAACAACCGCCCCCAUACUAUAUAGCGGCUGCCCAAUCCUUACAUGCUGAAUAUUUUAAUAAUUUAAGUAAGCAACGCCCGACACUAGCGCAUGCUAAUGCUGACAACAUGAACAUGCAUAGUGUGAAUGUGCCUUCUCGUAACAAUCAUAUCGAUAUCGAUAAUUUAUCGUUAAAAUCAUUAGAAAUUCAAAAUCAACGACUUCGAGAAAAACCGCCCACAUUUAUACAGGAUAAACCGAUUGUGGGUCAACAUAUAAUUGCACCGACCCCCCAAAGACUACAUCCGUUAAUUAACGAUAAUGAAAUUGUGAAACCACCAAGUAUACAAUUAUUAAGUGGAACGGAUCAACAAGGACAUGUCGCACAUUCACCGACAUCACAGGAUAUGGAUAUGUCCGUGUACUCCGAUUGGAAUAGCUUCAAUAAUGAGACCUUAACGAAUAAUCGACAAACAAAAUGGCUCUUUGGUAAACAUAAAAAUGCUUCGGUUAUGCAAAUACGUUUGAGGAAAACUAAUAAUGAUUUUGGAUUUCGAAUUACCGAUCAAUUUAAUAAUGGUAUAUUUGUAUCAGAAGUGAUUUAUAAUGGCAGUGCUCAAGGUUUAUUAAAGCCAGGUGAUAAAAUUUUGGAUGUGGAUAAUAUUGAUUUUACAAAAAUUAAUUUCGAAUAUGCAAACGAAGUAUUAAGGAAUUCUGGUCCUAUUAUCAAUUUAAUGAUUUCACGAACCUAAUCUCUUUUUGGUUUUUAGCUCUUUUUUUUUUUAUUAUUUUUAGCUCAAUUCACAAUUUUAGAAUUUAUUUAUUUUUUUUAUUUUAAAUUUCCAGUGAAAGUUAAUACGAUAUAUUUUAGUCCUUCAAUUAAUACCUAGGGAAAAUAUCUAAGCUCACCGGGUUUGAAAACGCUGUUUCGAGAAAAACGCAUCUAAAAUUUCAAAAGAUGUUUGCAAAUUUUUUUAUUUUUGAUACAUUUAUCUUCGUGAUUAUUUCUCCGAUCAAAUUGAAAUUUUCAAAGAAUAAUAACUGGGUAUAACCCUUUAAAUAUUACCCCCGGGUCCCGGGUAAAGCCGACCCUAAAUACCGUAAUAUUGUGUUAACUGUUAACUCUCACUAGAAAAAAUAUAUAAUUUUAUUUCGAAAUAUACCUCGAUAAAAUGUACCGUCGUGUACAGGAAAAUUAAAUUUUGAAUAGAAUUGUGAAUGUGAUUUGUUUUAAUAAUAUUUGUGAAUACAGCUUUAAUUUACUUUACUUAAUUAGAAUCAACUUAAAAGCUUCCAUUUUUUUAAUUUAUUAAUUUCAUUUAACAUUUUAAUUCAUUCAUUCGAAGUACUUAUUUUGUUUUAAAUCAUAACCUUCGAGGCAACAAUCACCAUCCAAUCCAAUACCUAGAAUCAAAUUGUUUUCAAAGUAUUUUCAAUUCAAAUAGUAUUCGAUUUUCGAUUUGAAUUCUCACAAUUUUUUUUUUUUUAAAUAUUU